UUACAAACAUCCAUCACGACAUCUCUCUAUGGAUAUAACAGUAUUGUGAAACUCCAUACAGCAGUGGGUCGUACGGCAAGUUCAAGAUGCCCGAUGAAUCUAUUGUACUGCAAGCCAGAUUGGCUUCACACCAAGAAAGCCAAAACAGUGGCCACGAUGGCUUGGUGGUGGAACACACGCCUUCGAGGCAUAACAACUCAAACAGCAAGAGGGCAUUGGUACUUCUUGGUUCUGCUAUACUGCAGCUACCCAUUUGGGGCUUCGCCAUGAGCUACGGUAUCUUCCAAGAAUACUUUAUUGAACACUGGACAUUGCAAGGAAGCCAAAGUCUCACCGGUAUCAUCGGUAUGACUUCGAAUGGAGUCAUGUAUCUAUCGAUGCCUUUCCUUUUCGCCCUCUUCACCAAACGCUGGGCACGACAUCGCCAAACCGCAGCACUAUGCGGCACCCUUCUUGCUUGUCUAAGCUUUGUACUUUCAAGCUUUAGCACCAAUGUCUGGCAUCUGGUGGCUACGCAAGGCGUGCUUGCUGCUUUUGGAUCUGCUCUUGUGUUCAGCCCUAUGACUUUGUCACUUGGAGAGUGGUACAAGACAAGUAAUCGAGCUUUGGCCUAUGGCAUCACGCUGUCUUGCAAAAACAUAGUCGGCUCGGUAUGUCCAUUCUUGUUUUCGGCACUUCUUGACAGACAUGGCUUUCGCUUUACGCUAAGGAUCUGGGCGAUCAUGAUUGCUGGCACGAGUGUUUUCACCAUUCUGCUCAUCCCCACUCAUUCUUCGGCUUUGCUCGUAGCGAUGGACGAGACAACCGAGGAACAGAACGGCGAGAUGGCUUCGCUUCCGACAAGAUCACGCAAGAUACCAUGGCACUUCUUGCAUCACCGCACCAUCUACAUCUACAGCAUAGCCAUCAUGCUGCAGUCCGCAGGCUACGGUAUCCCACAGACAUACCUCAACACAUAUGCUAGUGAGGUGGCUUUACUUUCCCAGACUUCGGCUACGUUAUUGCUUACACUCUUCAACAUUCCCGGUAUCGCGUCCUCUUCGUUCUUUGGCUACCUGAGCGACAACAAGCGUUUCACACUUUCUGCAACCACAGUCACCUGUGUCUCAGGGCUGAGCUCAGCAUUGAGUGCCUUUCUUCUCUGGGGCUUGAACACACAAGGCAGUCUAGUUACACUAGUCCUCUUCGCCAUUACGUUCGGCUUCUUCGCCGGUGGAUACAGCGCGACAUGGGGAGGCCUGAUCAACGAUCUUGAAAGCGAAGCUAGGAACUCCAACGAGGCCAUCGAUUCAGGCAUGAUUUAUGGUUUGCUGAAUGGUGCUAGAGGACUCGGCUAUGUUGCUGGUGGUUUGAUCGGCGUGCCGCUCUUGAAAGCCGGCACUGAGAAAUAUGGCAGACUUGCUAGUGGUGACUUUGGAGUGCAGUCGAGCUAUGGCCCAUUGAUUUUGUUCACCGGACUUGCAUCUGUGUUUGGCGGGUGGGGUGUACUCUGGAAGUGGAAGAAUUUGAGGAUGUAAUAAUGGUACCGAAAGGGCGCAAUCAUACUGUAGUCUCUCAGCUGGGAUCUCUAGUGGAAAUGGACACUACUAAUAACGAUGCAGCGACAUUCAAGCAACAAUAUGAAGGGAUCAGAUGACAGACAUGGUUGUACCUUCCUGUCAUAUUCAACUUUCACAGCACUCACG